AUGAGCGAGCUCAGUGAGAGACCAGCGAGACAAGAGAGAGCGAUACCGUCUUCUCCGACGAGCGUCGUCCUCUUCGUCUCUGUCGUUUCGAUUUCUAAGUUUUCUCCCAAUAUCAUAUUUGAGUACGAUUGUGACUCUGAGUGUGAUUCUCUAUUCCCGAUUUCUAAGCAAAACUUUGUGUCCUUAAAUCAGUUAGGUUUUCUUUUGAAUGCUGCAUUCGUCUUGGUUCCUGGUGGAUUUGGAGAUCGUGGUGUGAAAGGUAUGAUAUUAGCUGCAAAGUAUGCCAGAGAGAACAAUGUUCCUUACCUUGGGAUUUGUUUGGGCAUGCAGACUUCCGUUUUGAGUUUAGAAAAGGUGGACAGCACAGAGUUCGAUGAACAUACACCAAAUCCUUCAAGAACACAUAUGGGAAGCACAGUGAGACUGGGAUCCAGAAGAACACUUUUCCAGACUCCUGAUUGCAUUACUUCAAAGCUGUACCAUAACUUGGAGUAUGUGGAUGAAAGGCAUCGGCAUAGAUAUGAGGUGAACCCAGAUGUUAUUGGAAUUCUUGAAGAAGCGGGCCUAAAAUUUGUAGGGAAGGAUGACAGUGGAAGACAAAUGGAGAUUUUAGAGCUUCCAAGCCAUCCAUUCUAUGUAGGAGGCAAUUUCAUCCAGAAUUUAAAUCACGGCCUGGGAAGCCCUCAGCUCUCUUUUUAG